AGUGAAAGAGAACGAAACAUAUUGGGUUUUGGGAAUGUAGCAAGAGAGUAGGGGGUAUUAGAAAAGCUGCAAAGGAAUAAUAGACCACCAAACUUGGCAAUACAAAUGAACCCACAAACCCCUACAAUAUAUACUUUCUACCAAAAUUAUGUCUAUAUGAUACCUCCUACUUCUACCUCUUUUUUCCCUUCUUACACUCUACUAGUUCUCUACUAUGUAAAUUUUCUUUCUAAUUUCAUUUUUCCAACUACCUCUAUUAAUCAUUAGCUUCAACUCUUAGUAUAUUUUCUGAACAUCUUCUGCAAUAUUGCUGCCUCCACUGUAAUAGUCUUAGAUCCUUAACAACAUUAUUAAUCAAGAUUACGCCGAAAAUCGAAGAGUUUCAAAGGGAAGAUAUAAAGAUUAACACAAGCUAAAACAAGUUGAAGAGUAUGAGAAAUCAUUGGCGUUAUUACUUCUGCCUUACACUUCUUUUACUAACUCUUGUAUCGUUGUUUUCACUAAUCAACUUUCCUUCUACUUGUAGAGAGAUCAAGAACAUGUACUUCAACUGCAAAAAUCAUGACUUAAAACUUCAGAAACAAUUAUCGAAUGGUGGUGAAAAGAUUAGGAGCCACAGCAAAAAUGAAGUUGAUAUAGCAAGGAGGAUUCUAAGAGGACUAGGAUCAUCCCCGCCGCGCUGCGCAUCCAAGUGUGGCCAGUGCACACCAUGUAAGCCAGUUCAUAUUCCGGUGCCUCCAGGGACACCAGUUACUGCUGAAUAUUACCCUGAAGCAUGGAGAUGUCAGUGCGGUAACAGGUUGUACAUGCCUUGAAAAAUUAAAAACAACUACUUCUACAGUUCUACUUAAUCAUACUAGUUACUAGUUAGUAUUAGUAUCAAUCCAUAAGUUUUUAUUCACAUCUUGGUUCCUGAUUAUUCAUCUAUAUGAUCUGUGUGAUUCCCUCUAUCACUUGUGUUCUUACUGUUGGCCUAGUUUCCGCGCUAAUUACUUAGAAUUAGAGUUAAUAGUAUUGCACCAACGUAUUGAUCGAUCAUUUUGAACGUUUGACAUGGUCGAAAUCCUGUUUAAUUACGUUAGUUUUACUUGGGAAUUAGUUAAAUCUGGUUGCUCUCUCCUCAUUAGUAUGUACUUAUCUUUGUAAAUAGAGUAUUAGCAAUCCUAAUUAUAUAUAGGUUUACUGAUUGUAAACAAAUAAUAUCUACCAAUUUUUACAAUAACCUUUUGGGUUAUUAGAAACUCAAGACCCUGCAUAUAUUUCAGUGGUUUAAACUGCUUA